AUGGCUACAAACACAACCUGGCUUGCAAUCACAGCGCUACUGCUCUGGCCCGCGCUAUGCUCGGCCCUCAGGAUCGAGAAACCGUCUUGGAGACUGCCCUGGGGCAGAGACUACUACAAAGACGGAGACAAGGUGGAGCUCCUCGUCAACACAGUGGAGUCGGAAAACACGCAGCUGCCAUACGCCUACUACAAGCUCCCGUUUGUGUGUCCGCCAACGCAGAAUGCGCGGCCAGUGCAUCUGUCCUUGGGCGAGGUGCUGAACGGAGACCGGAUCUGGCAAUCCGACUACCACCUCACCUUCGGCCAGGACGAGCCGUGUGCGCGAUUGUGCGACCGGGUGAUCACACAGAACGCGAUCAAGCGCGCAGACGAGCUGAUCAAAAACGAGUACAUGGUGGAGUGGCGGAUCGACGGUCUGCCGGGCGCCACCACCUUCAUCAAGCCCAAGACAGGCAAACAGAACGCUGAAAAAUACUACGUGGCCGGGUUCCCGCUAGGGUUUGUGCAGAACGGCGUCAGCUACCUCCACAACCACGUGAUGAUCGUGGUGAGAUGGCACAAGGAGAACGGCAACCCGGACAAGAAGACCAUAGUUGGGUUCGAGGUGUAUCCUAAAUCGGUCUCUGACUACCAUUGCCCGGGAGCGUCCCGGGACUACGCCAACUUCGCCAUCGUCCCGGGAGCCAAAGACAGGCUCGUCGUGCCGUUCACGUACUCGGUAUACUGGAGAGAAGAGGUGGAUGUCACCUACGAAAACAGAUGGAAAAUGUACAGAACGCCGGGCGGAGCGGCCAACGACAGCAAGAUGCACUGGUUUGCACUGGUCAACUCGCUACUGGUGGUAUCUCUGCUCUCGCUGGCGGUGUCUGUUGUAUUCUUCAGAACACUGAACAGCGACUUCAAGACCAGAAGAGACACAUUCACAGAGAAACUUGACUCGCUAGUCGGAUCGUUGCCUGAGACCAGAGACGGACCCAAGUCGGGCUGGAGAGCUUUGGCUAGCGAGGUCUUUGUGCAACCAAGCAUGCCUGUGAUUCUCAGUAUCCUUGGGGGCUCAGGCGUGCAGCUGUCUCUGACCAUGUUUGGAGUUUGCAUCUUGUGCACUGCCGGAAUAUCUGGCCCCAACAACACCAUCCUGACAAGUGCCCUAGCCACGUUCGUGAUUGCAGGCUUUUUCUCUGGUUUUGCAGGCGUCCAAAUCUACAAGACCUUCACACACAAGCAGGUUGCCUCCUGGAGAACGGUCUCCUUCCUCUCGGGCAGUUUGUUCACAGCAUUAGUCCUCAUCAUUCUCUUCAUUUUGAAUUUCAUCAUUUGGGCCAAGGACUCCUCGUUGGCUCUGCCCUUUGGCACUAUUAUGGCAUUAAUAUUCAUCUAUGUUCUUUUGCAGAUACCUAUUUCUCUGUUCGGAGGCUUCGUCUCCAACAGACUUGACCUGCUUCGCCUGCUUAUCAAAAACAAGCCAAGGGUGGCUGAGAGAUACACAGAGGCCAAGAGGGCCAUACCGAAACAGCCUUUCUAUAACAAACUCAAGUUCUCGCUCCCACUGUUUGGCCUGUUCCCCUUUGGAAUCAUUUUCGUUGAGCUGGUGUUCCUGUUCAAGUCGCUAUGGGUGGAAAAACUGUCUUUCUACUACAUGUACGGUUUCCUGUCGUUCACGGCGUUCCUGCUGUACGUGGUGGUGAUAGAGAUCAGCAUAAUUUCCACCUACCUGCGCCUGAACUCUGGCGACUACUACAACUGGCAAUGGAAGGCGUUUGUGACGAGCGCCGGCUCGAUCUUCAUCUACCUCAUGGGCUACUCUGUCUACUACCUUAUCUUCCGGAUGAAGGUCGUGGACAUUGUGUCGCCAAUCAUCUACCUGGUGUACGCAACGAUCAUGGACCUGAUUCUCGGCGUUUCUUGUGGCGCGAUCGGGCUGCUCGCCUCGACCUUCUUCGUGUACAAGAUUUAUUCGUGA